AUGAACAUGGAAGGUUGUCCACGUCUUUCUGCAAUAAGUUUCGAUUUAAAAUUAUCUAUAGAAUCAGUUGAUUUAUGUGAAAAAAUUCCAAAUUAUAUAACAGUUAAUUAUCAAGAAAAUGGUGCCAAUUUUUCUAAUGAAUGUGAACAAAUAAAUCGUCUACGAGAAAAUGCUAUUAAUUGUUCAACAGAUGAAUCUAGCGUACGAUGUCUUAAACGUUAUUAUUGUCAAUUACAAUUAUUACGUAAUCGUUUUCCUAUGUUACCUGAUACAGAAUGUUCUGUUCGAUUUACAUGGGAAGAUGGAUUUCAAAAAGAUGAAAAUACAUAUAAUGAUAUUCGAUUUGAAGAAGCUUGUAUUUUAUAUAAUAUUGGAGCAAUCUAUUCAAAAUUAGGUGCCAAUGAAAUAAGAAAAACACAUGACAGUCUAAAAAAUGCUUGUACUUAUUUUCGAUAUGCAGCUGCAUGUUUUGAAAAAUUACGUGAUCAAUAUAUACCAUAUUCAACAGAUUUUACUUCAGAAUUAUUAACAUGUCAAGUUGAUAUACUUUUAGCUCAAGCACAUGAAGCUGUUCUUGAAAAAUCAUUAUUUGAUCAACGACCACAUUCCAUUAAUGCUCAUUUAGCUAUGCAAAUAUCGGAAUAUUAUCAAAUGGCACUUCUAAAUCUUAUGAAACCAGGGAUUAGUUCAAUUACAUCAAAUAAAUUUCGAGAAUGGCGUGUUGCUUUAAUCUAUAAAAUCUCAUAUUAUCUCGCAAUAACAUAUUAUUGUAAUGGUUUAAUAGCUGAUGAAAAUAAAAAACAUGGUGAAGCUGUUUGUUAUUUUGAAAAUGCUAUUGAACGACUUAAAGAUGGAUGGAAAACUGCAGAAAAAAUAUCAACAGAUAAAACAAAUCUAUAUAAAGAUGCACAUUCAUUUACUAUUGAUAUUAUCAUGGAAAAAUAUAAAAUAGUGAAACGUGACAAUGAUAGUGUUUAUUUUGAAAAAGUACCAGCAUUAUCAAGUUUACCAAUUGUACAAGGAGCUAUUGUGGCUAAAUCACAAUCAUUUGAUUGUCAUGAUCCGGAUGUGUCUGGACCAGAUAUUUUUCAAAAAUUAGUACCAAUGGAUAUACAUUUAGCUGUAUCAGAAUAUAGUGAAGAAAAAGCAAAACUUCUACGUGAAAUAAUUCAAUUAAUAGAAAAUAAAAAUCAAGAACUUGAAACAUUUAUGAAUUGUUUACAAUUGGAUCGUAUUCCAUUAAAUAAUGAAUAUCUUCGAUUACCACAUGAAUUACUCGAUUGUUGUGCUGCAAUUGUUUCACGUCCAAAUAUGUCUAAAGAUUUACUUUCAGCUAUGCAACAACUCAAUAGUCAACAUCAUGAUAUAACCGAACAGAUUAAUGAAUUUGAACAAUUACUUCGAAUUUUUGAAGAAAAUAAUGAAAUAAUAAAAUCUAAUAAAGAAUAUAAAGAUUUACAAAUAAAUCUUAAAACAAUUCAUGAAAUGAUAUUAGAAGCAAAUGAAAAUAAUAUUGAAUUACAUCAACAUAUAAUAACAAUAAUUGAACAUAUAAAAAUUCUUAAUUUACCAUAUGAACAAUUAGAAAAAACUUUACCAUUAAUAACUGAAUUUGAUGAUGAAAUAAAUAAAUCUAAAUUAGCACAUAUUAGAUUAUUAAAUGAAAAAAUUGAAACAAUGAAAAAACAACGUGAAACAUUAUUAAAUGAUUUUCGUAAAAAAAUUCAAAAUGAUGAUAUAACAAAAUUUGUUCUUAUGCAACGACAAGAAAAUCAUAAAAAUAUAUUUUCUGAACAAAUAAAAAAACAUGAAGAAUCUAUUAAAAUUAUCAAACAAAAUUGUAUAGCACAAGAUAAUAUUUUAAAUUCAUUAACAGAAGCAAAUGCAAAUAUUGCUAAUAUACGAACAAAAAUUUCAACUACAUUAGAAACUCGUCAUCGAUUAAUUGAUGAAUAUAUUAAUUCAUUUAAAUUAUUUGAUGAUACUUUAUCAAAAGUAUAUGAAGGCAUUGAAUUUUAUAAGAAACAAAAUAUAAAAUUAAAAUCACUUAAUGAACGUUUUAUUAUUUUACAAUCUCAACAAUCAUCAAAAAUUUCAUUAAAUCAUGAAGUAUCAUCGAAAAAUAAUAUUGAUUCACCAAUCAUUGUUGAUCGACCACGUCUUAAGGAUUAUUUAGCUACUAGAAAACCUGAAACAUGGGGUUCAAAAAUAAAUCAAUCAUCAAUUAAAAUUGAAGAAAAUAUGUAUAUACCAUCAACAAUAUCACCUAAUACUAGUUUUUAUACGGAUCGAAUAUUGCCAACCGGUCCUGUAUAUUCAAAUAUAACUGAACAAACGUUUUCACUACAUAAUCAAUUUCCAAUACAAUCAUCAAUACCUUUUUCAUAUGAACAUUCAAUGCCAUAUCAACAACCAACAUAUAAUCAAUUAAAUUCAUUUGAUCAGAAUUCAACUUUAUUUGCUCAAAAUUAUGCUAAUCAAGCUCAAAUAAACUAUAAUCCUGUUAAUGCUCAAUCAUUUCCUCAACAACAACAACAACAACAAUUCUAUCCUACACAAUCAUUUCAAUCUCAACAAUCAACUUAUCAACCUUUCAUACAUCAUCAAUCAGAUUUACAAUAUCCGUCCAAUUAUCAAUGCCAAAAUUUCAGUGAUUCAAAUCGUACUAUUCAACAAUCUUUACCAACUAAAUAUGAUCCAUACCGUCCACAACCAAUUGGUGCAUAUGACAUUCCAACAACAUUUCCACCACCACCACCACUUAUUCAUCCUCAGAAUGUUUACCGUCCAGGUGGUUUACUUGGAAUAAAUCAAACACAAAUUCCAUCAUCAUCAUCAAUGAUUAACAAUAAUAAUCAUCCAAGUCAAUAUGUUCAAUAUAAUCCCACUUCUCCUGCUUCUGUAUCUUCUUCUUUUGCUAAUUUAUCAAUAAAUUCAAUGUCAAAUCAUUAA